UUAUCUGCCCUCGCCAGACUGCAAUCGCACCGGGAAGUUGGCUCGCGUGGCCCCCCACCAUGCGACACCUUCGUGCGAUCAGCCAUCUGCCAGUCGCUGCGAGUCGUUGAAGAGUCGCAAUCAGCGUCAUGCAGCGCGGCCUGCCCCUGCUCCUGCUGCUGCUAGCCCUAGUUGCGCCUCUGCCCCGCGUACCGCCGUCUCAGGCCUCCGCACCACCGCGCACAUGCGGCGCGGCGGGGCAGGAGGGAGCUACAGAAGGCAGAGAGGCGGAGGAGCCCGGCGCACGCGCAGGGGCAGCGCCAGUGUGCGAUGCGCGCGAAGGGCAGGGUGAGGCGGGCGACGUGGGGAGCGGCGGGGGCGGGGAGGGCAGAGCGCAGGAGUAUCUUGGCGUUCUUGACGAGGCGGAGCGGCAGCUAGAUGCGGGGGAGUGGGCGCAGGCGGCGGAGCUGUUCUCGCGGGUGGCGCACGUGGGGGAGGGAGGGGGGACGGUGUGGGCAGCCGCGGGCAGUGCAGGCGCAUGGGGGGCGCAAGAGAUGGCAGUGCGGGAGCGCAUGCUGCAGGGCAGGGGGUGGGCGCACACGCUGCUGCAGUCACACGCACUGGCGGAAAGAGACCUAGACGAGGGCGUGGCGAGGUUCCCAGGCAACUCGCGCAUGUGGGAGCGCAGAGGAUCGCUGCACUUCGACAUGGGGAAGAUGCACGAGGCGUACGAAGACUUCUCGCAUGUGCUCGCCCUGCGCCCCAACGACAUCGACGCACUCCGAUGGCGAGGCCUGGCAGCACACCGACUGAGGCGGCACCCCACGGCCAUAGCGGACCUGAGCAGGGUGCUGCAGGCGGAGCCCAUGGAUGCCUUCCUGCUCAAAACCAUGGCUCUUUCCUACACGUGCAUGGGCCAGUACCGCGAGUCGCUCCCGCUGUGGCAGCAGGCGGUGCAGCGGCACGGCGACAUGGCGGAGAUGUGGGAGGAGAAGGGCAGCGUGCACCGCAUCCUGGGGGAGGCGCUCCCCGCCAUGCAUUGCCUGCUCACCGCCCUCCACAUCCGCAGCUCAGUGGCGGUGUACCGUAACAUUGUGGCGCUGAGGAGAGGCCUGGGGGAUUACCAGGGUGCCAUAGCGUACGCGAGGGAGGGGGUGCGGGCGCAGGGGGGCGACCUGGAGCUGCUGUAUGCCGAGGCCUGUGCGCUGCAUGCCCUGGGGGACUUGCCGCAAGCCCUGGCCAAGUAUACCCAUCUGUUCGCCCAGCGGCCCAGCAGUGACAAAGAAGCGUCCUUCCUCAUCGCUGCCUUCUACCAGAGGGAGCUGCUCGCUUACACCGUGGCGCGCUUGGACCUGCCAUUUGCUGCCUUCCAUGUCGACGCACACAUGCCCGUCGAUUUGAAGAAUGCGUGGAUGAGGAGGGAGCAUCCCAAGACCAUUCCCUCCUACCAGCGAAUCAAUGCCACCGUGGACCAAUGGGAGCACGCCAUGUGGCCACUCACGCCAGGUGGCGCCAUGUCAGAUGCUGCGCUGGCGCUGAUAGCAGCGGCGGACGUGAUUGGGGAGAGGGCGCACUGCCACGUGGAUGGCAUGCUGAGGAACAAAAUGCAGCUGCGCAUGGCCGGGCUGGCAGCUCUUGACGUGAUGCAGCAGGUGCGCCGCACAUGGGAGGCCGUGGCCAAGGCACAGGAGCAAGAGGAGGAGGAGGAGGAGGAAGAAGGGGAUGGUGGGAUUGGCGGGUGGAGGGAUGUGUUUCAGAUCAUUGCACGGUGGCGGCAGAUCGCCAACCCCACGGACGCCACGUUCUGGAAGGACCUGCUGCUGUCGCCACAGCGGGUGGCAGUGCGGUCGACCACACCAAUUAAAGUCUAUGAUUUGGAAACAGUGAAGUACUAUCCAGUGCACGACAGGGCAGUGGCGCUCACUAGAGCCACGCUGCUGGAGCAUGAGGAAGCCUUUGACGCCAAUUAUACUCGUUUCAGUUUGCCUCGCAGUACCUACGGAAACAAGAUAGAGGCUGCCAGUGACCUGGCAGCGCUGCAUGCAGCAGUGGGGAGGGACUUCUCUGCACUCACUUUCACUCACAGCGCACUGCACCCCGGGCGGCUCAUCCCAGGAACAGAGUUUCAAGGCAAGAAGACCAACCACUCCUACGACUUCUACACGGAGACCUCUCUGGAUGCGGGCAAGUGGAGCAAGUAUGAUGAGGAAAUGACUGCAGCGUGGGAGUCGCUCUGCACUGCGGUGCUGGAUGCGCGCACACAGGCAGGGGAUGCGCCCCUCUACCGCCAGCGCGUGCAGCACGCCAUCCUGCGCCUCACCUUCUUUUGGUUCCAGGUGAUGCCGCUUACUCGCGGGUCGGCCAUCGCAGGGCUGGCGGCCAUACUGGGCCUGAGCAUGGCGGCAGAUAUGGAGACAACUGCUCUCAUUCCCCCAGGCGUGCAUGUGGACUGGGAAGCACUAUUGUCAACGAGGCACGAGCACUUUGUGGGCACAGUGCAGCCAUGGCUGUAUGCCUCGGUGCAGGCGGCGCCGUGGCAUCUCCCCAUUGUGCGUCAAGUACUCUCCACGCCACGCCAUGUGAUUGCUGCGUUGACGCAUGGCUCCAGCUGAAUGGGAGCUUAUGGAUUUGACUCUUACGGCCGCGAAUGGUGGAUUUGAUUCCAAAGCUACUGUGUGAUCCGAAAUCAGUGGUCAAGUUGAGCGGCCGACGUUGUUGGAGGGUGUGAGUGCGGCCAUAUAGAUUACCUACCACCAUGUAACUAUAAUUCUGUUUGUUACAAACGGUAUAGCUAGGGAUUCUAUUAACGAGUAGCCAAAUUCAUUGUUGCUUGUAUAGGUUUUUGUCAUUUUCCCUGGGUUUCUUUCUUUGGGUGUA